GCCUGCUAUCGUUUGCUUUCUUUCAAUUCCAUUUCAGUACCCGCAUUCAACUGUUAUCAUCUAUCUCUGUUCAUCCUACAUGUUGUGAAAUACGCGUAGCACGGAGUUUGCGAUUCUGACCACGGCGCAGCAGUUUCGAUCGAACCGUGCUGCAUGAAACUAACGCCCUCGUGGAGCAAAUAAAAUAAGUGAGGUUGUGCUGGGAUAGUGAAUGAUUUUUGCAGGAGCAGUUGUAGAAAAACGAUAUGGAUAUUAAGGUAAAAACGGAAGGUACCGAAAUCCAGUCAUAUCUGGAAUCCUUUAACAAGGAAAUUGAUGACGGCGACAAGGAGAUUGAGUUAGAAGAAGCUGAUGAACAAGAGGACGACGAUGAGGAAGGUGGAUGCUACUUUGUGGAUCAGAGUGGCAACUAUUAUUAUCAGGCAAGUAAGGAUUCGGAGCCUGUACUGACGACGGCACCACCCGAUGCCGAAAUAGAUGACGAGGAAGAUGAUGUGCAAGCAGAUAUUUCGGGGGAAUCUACCAAAGUGGAGCCCAAAACAGAGGAUGUAAGUUAUGUUCUAAUAAUGCAACCAAAUAAUGAUAAGGAUGAUGAAGGAACUGAAGCUUUAGACGAAGAAGAAAAUGUGUACGAAUUUGAAGAAGCGGAAUUGGGUGUCAUUGAAAGUAAAAACAAAGUCACUAACAAAGGAAAAACCCAAAGCUCCAAAAGUGUGACACACAUGUGCAACUAUUGCAAUUAUACGACAAACAAGCGAUUUUUGUUAGCACGUCAUAUGAAAUCCCAUUCUGAGGACCGUCCUCACAAAUGCUCCGUUUGCGAACGGGGUUUCAAGACUCUGGCGUCGUUGCAAAACCAUGUAAACACUCACACCGGUACAAAACCGCACCACUGUAAACAUUGUGAAAGCAGUUUUACUACUUCCGGUGAACUGGUUCGCCACGUGCGCUAUCGUCAUACGCAUGAGAAACCACAUAAAUGUCCCGAAUGCGACUAUGCGAGCGUCGAAUUGAGCAAACUUAAACGGCACAUUCGAUGCCAUACUGGCGAACGUCCGUACCAGUGUCCUCAUUGCACCUAUGCAUCCCCGGAUACAUUCAAACUGAAGCGGCAUCUUCGUAUCCACACCGGGGAGAAACCCUACGAGUGUGAUGUUUGUCACGCUCGGUUCACACAAUCAAACUCUUUAAAAGCUCAUAAAAUGAUACAUCAAGUUGGUGACAAACCGGUAUACCAUUGCGAACUAUGUCCAACGACGUGUGGUCGUAAAACUGAUCUUCGCAUUCAUGUGCAGAAGCUUCAUACCCCUCUGGACAAACCAAUGCGUUGUCGGCGCUGUAAUAACGUUUACCAGGACCGAUACUCGUAUAAAAUGCAUACGAAAACUCACGAAGGAGAAAAGUGUUACAAGUGUGAUCUGUGUCCGUAUGCUUCGAUUUCGGCCCGGCAUCUGGAAUCGCACCUGUUGGUCCACACGGACCAAAAACCGUUCCAGUGUGAAAUGUGUGAACAGUCGUUCCGCCAGAAGCAGUUACUCAGGCGGCACGUCAAUCUGUAUCACAAUCCGGAUUACAUCAUUCCGGCACCGAAAGCUAAAACACACAAAUGUCCGACGUGUCCGCGAUGUUUCCGUCAUAAGGGUAAUCUGAUUCGACACAUGGCCAUGCAUGAUCCGGACUCGAUGGCUCGAGAGGAAGCGAUGGCUCUAAAGGAAGGUCGCCAAAAGCGGGUGCGUAUCCGUCUGGAACAUGGCGAUGAAGAUGAUGAAAAUGACGAGAACGAUCAAGAAAUGAUGACCGUCGAGGGUGAAGAUGGUCAGUAUGUCGUCCUCGAAGUGAUACAACUGCACGAUGAUGAUGAACAGAAGCCUACGGGUAAGGAUAGAAAUACGAAGAAAAAAUUUAAAAGAGAAGUGGAAGAGGAAGAAGAAACGGAGGAAGAAUCAGAGGAAAGUGAGGAGGAGAUCGAGCUGCCCGAGAAUAGGGACGAUUUUAUUUUCAACGAAACGGAUGUGUUAAUGUCCUCAUUGGAGCCACCAGCCAAAAAAGCAAGGUAUAAUACUCUAAAUAGUACAACUACUAGCCGAGGUGUGGCCAUUGAAAAGGAUAUGUCAAAUUGUUUUGGAUUCGAUGACGAGGACGAGGAUAGUUCGGACGCAAAAGCAACCAUUACCUUGUUACACUAAACAAUAAGCCGUUCAAGUUAAGUAAGACUAAAGUACUUUAUCUAUCUAAGGCACAUUUUGGAUUACUUUCGAAUCGCAACCACUGCAGUUAGUGUUUAAGCUGUCGAGGCCCGGCACUUCGGCAUAGAUGUUUAGAGAAUGAUUAUAUCAGUCAGCAGUUAGUUUGACGUGGUUGUACAAUGAAAUGAUCUCACUUAUGAGAUGUAAUGGUUACGCUUGAAAAGUUAUCAAGAAGAAGUGCCAAGGACCUUCACUGUAGAUAGAUUUACUUGGAACUUUACGCAAUGUUUGUGUAGUAUUCGGCAUAGGAAUAUGAUAUUUCGGUUAUUCUAGUCUUAAAAUACUUUUCUAUGCUGUUUUAAAGUGCAUACAAUAAACAUGAA